AUGCUUGUCUCUCUGAAGGCAGCAAGGCUCCCUGAGUGUCCUCUCCCGGCAUGCACCGCAUCCGCCCCGGCAGAGGCUUUCAGGAGCAGUUCCCCGCACAAGGAUUCCCGCAGGCAGGUCUGGGAGACAGAGAGGACCUUUGCUGGAUGUGAUGGAGAGCGGUUGUACCAGAUCUGCCUCCGUGAUCGCUUCGUUGAUGUUUCUAGAGCCGACCAGCCCCUCACUGGUGCUGCAGAUUUCUAUGAACCCUCAGAGCAGCAGCAUCGCCCCCACACUGUGAAUAAGAGUCGGAAGCAAACGCAAAGAGAAAAAGCCCUCCAGCAGCAAUGUCAGAAGCUGGGACUGCAGGGUGGAGCAGCCUCUGUUCCUCCUGAGCAGUUGCUUUCUGUACCAAAACACAAGCCUGGUCAUCCUCAGCAGCCUGUGCCACCACCUCAUCCUCCUUCAGCGGCAGAUCAAAGGCAAGGUGACCACCGAGACCAGCAGAAGGAAGUGACGCCGGUAGAUCCUUGUAAUGGCAGUGACAAUGUGCAGAACUGCCCUGCAAAGCCAAACUCCAAAGUGGAGAAAAAGAAAGUGGCAUUGCAGGAAAAAUCACGAUGGGAAAUCCUCCAGCAAGAGCAGCGGCUGAUAGAAGAGAAGAAUAAACGCAAGAAGGCACUCCUGGCCAAAGCUAUUGCUGAGAGAUCCAAAAGAACUCAAGCUGAAACAGUGAAACUAAAAAGGAUUCAGAAGGAGUUACAAGCUCUGGAUGACAUGGUAUCUGCUGACAUUGGCAUCCUGCGGAACCGCAUUGAUCAGGCCAGCUUGGACUACUCCUAUGCCCGGAAGCGGUAUGAUAAGGCUGAGUCAGAGUACGUGGCAGCCAAGCUGGACCUCCAACACAAGACGGAGAUUAAGGAGCACCUCACGGAGCACCUGUGCACGAUCAUACAGCAGAAUGAACUCCGCAAGGCCAGGAAGCUGGAGGAGUUAAUGCAGCAGCUGGAAGUGGAGGCAGAUGAGGAAAAUCUGGAACUUGAGAUAGAGGUGGAGCGGAUGCUGCAGCAGCAGGAGGCAGAAGCAGGGAGGCAAGCCAGCCAGUCACACAAUCAUGCUGGGACAGCUAAGGAAAACCCCACUCCCAGUGUUACGGCACGGGAGAGUGAGCAUGCUAACCGUGCUGUCGCUUCUCCUGCUAUUUCUGAACAGUUGGUUCAGUCUGAAAACUUGGGUACCAAAUCUCUCUCCAAUAUGGACAGCCAAACUCCAGCAGUAAAUGUGACUCCAGGAAACACCCCAGCUUGUUCAGAUACAUGACUACUAUAUUCACAUAAGCCAGCCGGUUAUGGAUGAUAUGCUCUCUGUGGGCUUGUGUGCUGUAUGUUAUAUCUGGGUUUCUGCCGUGCCAGUAAUAUGCACUUCAUUUCUCUUUUCCUUUAAUAUUGUUUUUUGAAUUUUAGAGGCUCUUUUUUUCACAAGACUCUCAUUUGGGGUUCACCGUCUGUCGUCUUCAUUCUGGUUUAAGUUCAUGUUCUAAUGCCCAGCUCUUCAUGGGGCUUUGUACCUUCCUGAAACAGGAUACUUGGAAGCGAACACUAAGGUUUUUCCAAAGGCUUUCAGCAUAUUGAUAUCACAAGUACCUGUUCCAAGCAGUGUGCAAGAGAUACGUAUCUAUGGGAGGAAACAUUGCAACUUACUCUGCUUCUGAACACAUUCUGUCCCCUGACAACUGCGAUAGGAUGUUUGUCUUCCUUUGUAUCUGUAAGGGAUUAGUUUUCAACGGUUUUUAAUCCUGUGAAACCCAAAUGCUUACUUUAAUUAUCUUCGCAGCUGAUACUCUUUCCUGUACCUGAUUUAAAGGAAAUUUGCAUAUUGAGGCAAAUUGCAGUCAGUUGUAAUAUUUCGUACUUAUCACUUUGCCUAUUUCUUUCAGGUCAUGCUAGAUCACACAAAGCUAUAUAUUGAUAACAUUAUUAUCUAUGAAAUCACAGCAGCUAUGAUUUCACAAAAAUGAUCGGUUACAGUUUAAGACAUUGCAGAAUGUGUGAUGUAGAAGUAGAAACAGACAAAAGAGACUGUGUUACAAUUAAAGCUGUUCCAUUACAUUUUUCUCUGUCGUAGUUGCCUCAAAGUUCCAAUAAUUAGCCAGGGAUCUUGUAAUGAAUAAUCCCCACUGUAUAUUGGAAAUGAGCCCAUUUUUUUAAAAUAUUCAAUGCAUUUUCUUGCCUGAAGAGUGGGUUUGUACCCCAGAAGAAGUUCAGCUGUUUUACUCUGUUGCUGUUGAAAGGCUUUAAAAAGCUAUUCAGGUGGAGAAAGUUUCAUGAAUUAAAAUAGAGGACGUAGGAAAACCUCCCAUAGACCAAUGCAGCUGCAAACCAUGGGGACAGCGUUCAUAGCUAUCCACUUUGUAACAGAGGAAGGCUGCUUUCAUUGUGGAAAUGGUUUCUGUAAUACCUGACCUGAAAGUGUCAGUCAGAGUUCAUGAAUGAGUUACUGAAUGAUGCCAUCGAGUAUGUAAAUGGGACACUGAUUGUCUCUAUGGCUUUAAUAGUGGAAAAACAUGUCACUACAUUUCAUUUUUA